CCAGCCCUCGCGGGGGUCGCUGGGUAGGAAAGGCGGCGCUUCCGUUUCCGGCGGCUUCUGAGGAAAUUUUUUUUUAUUUAUUUAUUUUAAAUUUGGUGGGCAAUUCCUGUCAGAGACCAGCUGCAUCACUGGCCUAUGAGCCCCUUGAGGGAGAGAAACUGACUGGAUGGACAGUAGCUCUGGGCGAAAGGAAAAUCUCGUCAGUCUGUUGCUGUGUUUUGGCUGCUUGAUCUGGGGCAGGUGUUAUUUUUGAGACCCUGCUUGUGGCUUUGGGGACAUGUUUGCCAAACUGAAGAAGAAGAUCGCCGAAGAAGCGGCCACCACGUCACGGCCGGGAGGGGUGGCCAGAAUGCCCAGAUCGGUUAGCAAGGAGUCGAUCACAUCAGUUGGAGCCGAUUCCGGAGAUGACUUUCCCUCGGAUGGAAGCAGCUCCAGAGAAGACCUUUCGUCUCAGCUGCUCCGAAGGAACGAGCAAAUACGGAAGCUGGAAGUCAAGCUGUCUGAUUACGCUGAGCAGGUCCGAAACUUGCAGAAGAUUAAGGAGAAGCUUGAGCAUGCAUUAGAGACGCAUCAGGAUUCCUUUGUGAAGAAACUCCAGGAGCAGAACGAGGCUCACCAGGCCAGCACGGCUAAGAUGGCUGAAGAGAUGACCUUGGCGCUGGAAAAGAAGGACCAGGAAUGGAAGGAGAAGCUCUUUCAUCUUGAAAAGGAGAGAAAGCUGCUUUCGGCCCAGUUGCAGGAGAGGGCCGAGCAGAGUUUGCACCUUUUCCAGAAGAGGGAUGACCUGGAUGAGCUGGAAGGCUUUCAGCAGCAGGAGUUGGCUAAAGUCAAGCACAUGCUUUUGAAGAAGGAGGAAUCCUUGGCCCGGGUGCAGCAGGAACUGGCGUCCUCCGCCGAAGAGCUGGCCCGUGCCCGGGAAGCGCUGCAGGCCUCCCAGGAUGCGUCCUCCCGCUUGUCCGGGGAGCUGCAAGAACUCAUUCGGCAGCACGCAGACCUGCGAGCUGAGAGGGACGAGCUCCUAGAAGCAGGGGAGAGUGCGGAACACAAGAUCACCUCCCUGGAGCUGCGAGCUGAGGAACUGCAAAACUAUAUUCAACAAUUGUCAGUAGAUCUCCAACAUGCACAAGUCACUGCCUCUGAUUGCGGGAGGAGACUGGAGACGCUGCAAGGGGACCACGAGUCGCUGAAAGCGGAAUAUGAACAGCACAAGCAAAAGAUGAGGAUCGAACUGGAGGAGAAAAGCCGGCUUGUGGAGCUUUUGCAAGACAAAGUGGCCUCCCUGGAGAAGAGGCUAGAAGGCAAUCUGUCCGGCGACGAGCACAUUCGGGAGCUCCUCCGGGAGAAAAGCGCCCUGGAACAGAGGUUGGAGGAUGCCAGGCAGCAGCUGUCGGCAGCACGCGCAAGCCACACAGAGAGUGUGGGCCUUCUGGAGAGCCAGAUCGACAAACUGAACGGCGAGUUGGCCGAAGGACAGGCGCGCCUGAGCGAGCAAGAGGAGCUUGUGCGCGGUCUCCGGGAAAGCAGUACGCGGCAGCAGAAGGAUCUUGAACAAGCCCUCCGGCUUGCUGAAGAGGUGGCAGCAAAAAGCAAGGAAGACGUCGAAGGGAGAGAUCGGCAGAUGCAGAAGCUGCAAACAGACCUGGAGCUGGAGAGAAUCGGGUGGCGGGAAGGCCUCUCGGCUGCGGAGCAUCGACACGCCGAACAGGUCGGGAGGCUGGAAGAGCAGAUCGUGGCACUUGAGGCUGCGCGGGAGUCCGAAAGGACAGCGGCGAGCCAACUCGAAAAGGAAAAUGAAGAACUGAGAGAGAGAUGCAUAAUUUUGGGAAGCUCGUUAAAGAACCAAGAAACGGAGAUGGAAAGACUAAAGGCAGACUUGAGCAGCGCCGCAGAAAGGGCGGAAACUCUGGAAGAGAUGCGGAAGCAACGGGAAGAGUUGCAGCAACAGGUUGCAGAUCUGACCUCACUGAUAAAGGAGAAAGACCGGCUUAUUGCAGAGAAAAUGGACUCACUUCUGAAAGAGGAGGAAGAGCUGACGCACAUGAGGCAAGGCCACGAUGCCCUUUUGCUGCAGAGGCACCAGCUGCAGUCCAGCCUCGACCUCUGCCAGCGCCAGGCCGCCGAGAGGGAAGCUGCGGCCGAGGAGCAGAGGCGCACGUUGCAGGCGCAGCUGCAGGAGGCGCAGGAGCGCUUGGGAGCCAGCGAGAAGCAAGUUGCUUUGCUGGAACUGGCCUCCACCGCUGCAGAAGAUGGAGAAGAUGGAGGAGGGGAGCCAAACGGGGACGUGACGGCCGCGGACGUCGUCCAGCUCCGGAAGGAGAACAGGGACCUGGAGCAGCAGCUUGCGGAGAAAAACAAGGUUAUCAGGCAACUGCAGCAGAGGAUGGCGGAGCUGAAGAAGACCUUGCAGAAGGAACUGAAAAUCCGACCCGAUGGCGAAGUUCCUGAAGUCCCCAGUGCUACUUUGACUGUUACCAACAACUCCGACCUGAAUGACUCCCGAGAGAUAAACUUCGAGUACCUUAAGCAUGUGGUGCUAAAAUUUAUGUCCUGCCGGGAAUCCGAGGCGUUCCAUUUGAUCAAAGCCGUGUCUGUGUUGCUCAACUUCUCUAAGGAGGAAGAGAACAUGCUCAAAGAGACCUUGGAGUACAAGAUGUCAUGGUUUGGAUCAAAACCGCCUCCCAGGGGUAGCGUUCGACCCUCCAUCUCAAAUCCGAGGACCGCCUGGUCAUGAAUGGACCCGAGGACGCCCCACCUCCCUGCCUCAAGUAGCUUUUUCUUCUUUUUUUCUUAUGAAAACAAUGCAGCACCCACUGAUUUGAGGUGUCUUCAUUGCUCUCGCCUAGUAUUUGUGUAAAGAACUUGGGGGGGUGAGGGGGGUGGAUCGCUAUGACGGUUAAAAAAAGUGUCCUUUGCUCUGCAGCCUUUCAGGGAAGAUCAGGCCACCCAAAAGGGUCUCCUCCUGCAGCAGAAACGGGUUUCCAGAGGCAGGGAGCGAUGGGGUUGCGAGUCUCGGCAGCAGAAGGGUCCUUCUGCCUUCUCAGGCGGGCCCUGCGCCACCCCUGGGCGGCUGCGGCAACCGGUGGGUGCGUUCAGCCGAGCUGUGGACCUGCCCCCCCUCCCUUGCCCAGCCACAGAGAGGGCCGCUUUCUACAGAGCUGGUCAACUUUUAUUUUUCUUAAAGAAAAAAAUGAUUUUUAAAAACGGUCUUUAUGACAAUACUCUUUUGCCUUUUAAACGGAUGUAUUAAAUGUGGUGUACUGUAGUAGUAGUAGUAGUAGUAUUGGGGGAAAAAAUAGCCGCCAGCCACUCCUUUUAACGAGGGGAAGGGAAACCCUAGCAUUAAGAAGAAACCAAACCUGCAGUAUUGUGGAAAAGGCUCCUCCUUCUGUGCUCACAUGUGACUGAACCUGCUUGGAGGGGGACCACGCUUGACGUGGCACCAUCAUCCUCUUUGCAAGAUACUGCAAAGCCUUUUUCAUUCACAACCCGCAGAAGAUGGGAUGCUGCUCCUAACAGAAGAAAGGCUAACUUUGCUGACCUCCUUCGGAAGGAGAAAAUGCAGAGGCUGGUUGCAAUUUAUAGUCAGGUUACCCCCCCCCCUUUUCUAGUUCUUAACCAAAAUGGUUUUUUUUUUGGGGGGGGGAUCCCCUUGGUUACAGAGUUCAGUUUUGUUUUUUCAAAUAAAGCAGGGUAAUUAGAGGAGGCACCGCAUACUGUACAAACCACCAAGCGUGCAAGAUAGCAGGGCUGUCGUUCUAAAUAGUAUGACUGCAUAUUGCUAAGCAACAGUAUUUUUUUUUAAUCAACCACUUACGAAGAACAGAAAAAUCAUCCUGGGGGCCUUUGCUGUUUCUUGGCAUAGAGAUUAAGAACGGGUACUUCUGGCAUUGCCCAAAAUGUACCUUUGAGAGAGAAUUUUAAGAUGCUACAGAGAGACACUCUGGAUGAGACCGAGAUGUACAUGUUCAUUAACAGUAGCAACUGAUGCACUUUGUAUUAAGAAACACUACACCUGGGGAGUAUGUAUAUAUAAGGAAAAAAAACCUUUUAUGGAUAGGCCGCACACAUAUGGACUGAAUUAUGUAAAGGAACCUAAUUUGUGGUGCAAUACAAUUUUUGAUUAAAACUUGAGGCUGACUUACUACUA